AUGAAAACCACUAUUCCAUCAGGAAAACAAUGGAUUUGUACCUUUCCUGGAUGCACUGAAUCAUCACCAAAAACUCAUUAUAAUUGUUAUUCACAUGUAUGGGAUGCACAUUUACGACAUAUCAUUUCAUUUCAAACUAUAGGAUUUAAAAAGGCUCCAUCUUAUAAGAAAUUACCUGAUAGAAAAGCAGUUCGAAAAUUAUGUGAGAGUUAUAUGCAGAAGUUAAAUAAAAGUCAAAGUUAUGAUUUUAAUACUCCAAAUCCUCUUACCAAUUCAAAUUGUCUUAUGUUAGAUACUAAAACACCUUUAAAUAAUUGUUUAUUUGACAGCGAAGAACUUAUUAUUACAGAUAAACAACUAACUACUCAAACUUUAAAUAUACAAAAUGGUAGUUCAUUUUCUCCUUUAGUUCAACAAUUUGAUUGGAACAUUAAUCAAAACUCUGAGUACAAUACAUUACCCUCUAUUCCAUUUAUUCAAAUAGAAAUCCUUCAAAAUGCUUUAAAACGAUUACAUGUUGCAGGAGAAAUACUUGCAGAAAAUGGUUUUCUUCAAAGGUCUGAUAGUAAAUUGAAAACGUCUAUUGAACCAUUAACUAAUUCUCUUCAACAAUUACUUAAACUUGUUGGUGUUCAAUAUAAUUAUAAAGAAGACAAUACUGUUAAAUAUGGAUUUAUUGCGCAAGAAGUAAACAAAACUUGUCCUGAGCUUGCUCCAAAUGGAACAUCUCUUGAUGUUGUUGGAAUUCUUCCAAUUAUUAUUGAAUCAUUAAAAGAAAUUAAUUUAUAUAUUAAUGACACUUCAGAAAUUAAACAACAAAUAACAAUCAUACUGGAGUACAUUGACUCAAUAAAAAAAUGUAUAGAAAACACUGAAGAAAAACAACAACCUAUUACUCAAUCUCAUAAAUUUCAUUUCUCUGUUGGACCAGCUGUUCUUACUGCUCCGUUAGCUGUUGGAACAACUGCCAUUUCUAUAUGGACUAUUUUUGCACUUCCAAAAUUACCUGGGAUAUGGGUAUUAUUAUUCAUUACUUCAGCAUGUCUCUGGGUAUCUUUUUGGAGAACUAGAAAUGAAAUACACAAAAAUAUCAAAAAUGUUAAGUUAUAUUGGACAACAGAUAACACUGCUUGUCUCUGGUGUUUAUUGUUUUUGACAUUACUUAGUGUUUCAGUUUCAUUAGUGAUGGGAGUUGUUGGAGUAAUAAUUUGUGUUUGUGGAAUUAUUGUAGUAGGGCUUGUCAUUGGGAUUGCUCGGUGGGCACCAAAAAAGUAUGGAUGUACACUAGAAAUUGUACUAACAAUAUUAGUAGCAUUUAUGGUGUUAUUCUUUUUAAUUAUUGGUGGAAUGUUAUUAGCGCAACCUGGGUUUGAAUGUUAUUUAAAUGGUAAUCACUCAGAGAUGACUAUUUUAUUGAAACAAAAUAUUACAAUGGAACAACUUGGUGUAAAUAAAUUGCCAUGGAACUGUUGGAGUGAUAAUCUUCUGGUUUAUGGAACAUUACCAACUGGAAUUUCAAUUGGACAUGACGAAACACCUUAUAUUUAUGGUAAAGUAGAAAUACCAUUUGAAGAUACUAAAGUUGAUAUCUAUGUAAAAUGUGUUGAUGCAAUAAAGUUCUACUGUUCAACAGUUAAUUUUAAAUAUGAAGCAUAG